GGCUCUGCAUAGCAGUGGUGAUAUAACCAAAAGUCUGCCACCACGUUGCAGGCGACUUGCACCGCGGCCGACAGGUGCCCGAGAUCGUCCCGCCCAUACGCGCGCGCCACGAUGUCCGAAAAAGUUCCCGACACCCCGCUGGAGGUCCUCGUGCAUCUCCUGACCAGAGCUAAGGAAGCGGCCGAGGCGAGCGGCGCGGUGCCGGAGGAGGUGACGCGCCCGCUGCAGAAGGCUCUGGACAUCGCCAGCGGCCUGGACGUCUACCUGGAGACCAUGAGCACACAGCAAAGUGAACCUCUGGCAGAGCUCUACAAUAAGACCGUCUCCCAUGACUGGGAUCAAGUGCACAAGGAGGGCAAAACUAAAUUCCGCCUUCCUAAGGAGUGCAUCACUGGACAUGUUGAAGGCCAGACCUUGAAGAUGCUGAUCCACAUGAGUCAAGCUAAGCGGGUUCUAGAGAUCGGGAUGUUCACCGGCUACGGCGCGCUGUCCAUGGCCGAAGGUCUCCCCGAGGACGGCUGCUUAGUCGCCUGCGAGCUGGAGCCGUAUCUCAAAGACUUCGCUCAGCCCAUUUUUGACAAGUCUCCACAUGGCAGGAAGAUCACUGUGAGGACGGGGUCCGCCAUGGACACCCUGAGGGAAUUGGCUGCCGCAGGUGAGCAGUUUGACGUGGUCUUCAUUGAUGCUGACAAGGACAAUUACAUCAAUUACUACAACUUCAUCCUGGACAACAAUCUGGUGACAUUGCGAGGGGUCAUAUGUGUCGAUAACUCGCUGUUCAAAGCCAAGGUUUAUCUGAAAGACACAACGGACAGCAAUGGACUGGCGCUCAGAAAGUUCAACCAGUUUGUGUGUGAUGACCCACGUGUUGAGCAGGUCAUUAUCCCUCUGAGAGACGGCAUCAGCGUUAUCCGUCGGGUAUCUGCGGCCUCCGAGUGUGCAAGGACACAGAGUAAAAUAACAGACGACGAGGUUUUCCGCGGGGUCAAGGGGCUCCCCAUUCUCCAUCGGCUGCGUCUCGAUGGAAAGGUGGCCUACGUGACCGGCGCCGGGCAGGGCAUAGGCCGCGCCUUCGCCCAUGCCCUGGGGGAGGCCGGCGCCAAGGUGGCCGUGGUGGACCGGGACCAAGAUAAAGCCGAGGCGGUGGCGAAAGAGCUCCUCCUCAAAGGCAGCAACGCCGUCGCAAUCACAGCCGACAUCAGCAGGUCGGAGGACGUUCAGAGGAUGAUUGACAGCAUUGUCUCCAGAUGGGGGUCAAUCGACGUCGCCUGCAACAACGCCGGCAUCAACAUGAACUCUGCCAGUGAAGACACCAGCCUGGAGGAGUGGGACCAAACCUUCAACGUCAACCUGAGGGGGACCUUCAUGUGCUGUCAGGCAGCAGGUCGAGUGAUGUUGAAGCGAGGAUACGGCAAGAUUAUCAACACGGCCUCUAUGGCCAGUCUAAUAGUCCCCCACCCGCAGAAGCAGCUGUCCUACAACACGUCCAAGGCGGGAGUGGUCAAACUGACUCAGACGCUGGGCGCCGAGUGGAUGGACAGAGGAGUUCGUGUCAACUGCAUCUCACCGGGGAUUGUUGACACCCCUCUCAUCCACUCGGAGAGCCUGAGGCCUCUGGUGCAGCGCUGGCUGUCAGAUAUCCCUGCUGGUAGACUGGCUCAAGUGACAGACCUGCAAGCUGCAGUGGUCUACUUGGCAUCUGACGCCUCCGACUACAUGACAGGGCAUAACUUAGUCAUAGAGGGUGGGCAAAGUCUGUGGUAGAGGGGGGCAGAUGGAGAGAUGAAACUUUUCUUCUGUUUGCUUAGUGUCUGGAAUAGGCGGCACUGGGAGUAUUUCCCUUUGGUACGUUCACAUCCGUCUGUGCUGGAUUCUCUUGUUAAAAUCUGUAUUGUGAUGCGAUAACUGCUGCUGUGUACAGAAGCAAAGCCCCCCCCUUCUGUUGGACCUCAUUUGGGUUUAAUCCCCUUUGAAUUGUGCCAUGAUUCAGAUAUAAGAAGUUUGCAACGUCAUACAUUUGUCGUAGCGUCAUUUAGAUUUGCGUGGAACCUUUAAGUGAAUCUGUCGUCCCAGCGAUGCACAUCGCACACCUCAUGUGCAUCGCCUCAAAAGGGAUCAAAUCAUUAUUUGUCUACCAGACCUUUUUCUCCCAAAAGCCUGUCCCAUGUUGGUCCAACGGAACGGAGGUAUCUUCACCUUUCUGUAGCUGCGUUCUUCUGUCACGUGUUCAUGGCGUGAACAUUUGAGUGCAUCAUGUCAAAUAGAAGAAAGACGCACAAUGAAAAUCACUGUGAAAAACUCUACCUGUGCCUUGAAAGGUGUCAUUAGUUUUGUUAUCAUUAUUUUAUAGUUCCAAUGCUGUAACAAUCAAAACACUUUUGGUAAAUGUUAAUUUUGUGUUAAACAUCAUGAAUAUACAUUGUCCAGGUUGUUGUUUUUUCAUAUCACGCUGUCAUACAAAAAUGUGUUUUGAAGCAGUUGCAGUUUUCUACUAAGAUGAACCAAGAUGCAGGUCCUUUGGAUGCGCACAUGCACAGGUGGAACGUGUAACUGACCAAAUAAACGGGAACAAAUAA